AGAAAAAGAAAAGAUAAAAAGAAAAAAAAAGAAGAAAAAAAAGAAAACCCUCAACACCCCCCGCCAUGUUCGACUACCAAAUGUUAGAAAACGGGUCAUAAUUCCAACAACCAUCACCUUCUCCAUUCCGCAAACAAUGGCCGUCGAACAGUUGGAGGUGCACUGCAAGUCCUACAUCGUGCGCUGGGUCAAGGUCAGUGAGGGCCACACCAUCUCUUGGAGCGUCCAGCCUCACAAGAAGUCUCUCAACUUCGGAAUCGUCAAGCAUCCCGGCACCGGCGCCACUUCGCUCUCCUCCCAAUCCGAUGCCGCCGAACCCCUCUCCGGCGUAACAUCCGGCGUCAGCGAAACAAAACACAGUCGCUUUGCCAGGAAGGACACCAUCACGGCCCAAGACCAGCUCGCCAGCAAGGGUUUCAUCCCGAUACAAUGGCAAGGACGAUGCGAACCCGACAAGGUGUCCACAGGCACCUACGACGUGCCUCCAGCUGAGACCGGCAUGUACGGCCUGGUCUUCGACAACACCUUCUCCAAGCAGACCGCCAAAACCGCCUCCCUCUUCCUCAUCACCUACCCGACCGGCUCCCCGCCUCCGACGACGAACCAGACCCCGCCGAACCUCUCGCUCUCCGCUGCCACCACUGCGGCCAAGACCGGGAGCAGGACGAGCUUGGCCAAGGUCCACAGCAACGUCGUCGCCGCCGACUCGGUCGACAGCUUGCACAGCCACCUCCCCGGCGGCAACACCGCCUCCACCUCCGGCCGCAGCGACGGCACCGCCAACUACCACGUCGGGAACCUGCUCAAGCGGAGGCGUAAAAAGGGUCAGGGCUACGCGCGUCGCUUCUUCUCCCUCGACUAUUCGUCCUGCACUCUGUCCUACUACUAUAACCGCAACUCCUCGGCCCUCCGUGGCGCCAUCCCCCUCAGCCUGGCCGCCAUCGCCGCCGACGAGCGGCGUCGCGAAAUCAGCAUCGACUCGGGUGCCGAGAUAUGGCAUCUGCGAGCCUCCAAUGCGCGAGAGUUCAACGAGUGGGCGCGGGCCCUCGAGAAAGCCAGCCGCAUCGCCCGCGGCCUCGACGACGCCGCCGCCGACGACGUCCAGGAUCCCUCUUCUAAGGCCUCGGCCAGAAAGAAGCCCGAUGGGACGCCGAGGCUGUCUACGAGCCUGUCGCGGCCUGCGCAUUCGAAUCCGCCAGAAGCCCGCGAGUGGGAGCAGGUAGAGGCCUUGGUCAGUCGGAUGGUCGGCACCCGGGAUGCCCUGCGACGCCUCGUCAAGGACAUGGCUACGGCUCCCAAACCUGCUCAGACCAAUAGUCAACACACCUUUUUGUCCCCCUCGGUCCUGGUGCCCGGGGAGGAAAAGGACGGAUCUUCCUCCCUGUCUGCCGAGGGCCCCAAACGGUCGUUCUGGAAACGCAGAUUGAGCGCCACUCCAUCCACUGCACAGGCGGCUUUCCAACCCACCGUGUCGUCCGCCCUGGCUGUUUCCUCCCCCGCCUUCCUCGCCCCGACCAUCAACUUGAAUGACGGCCCGAGCCACGCGAGGAAAAAAUCGAGGGGGUUCGCGCACCAAGAAAAGAGCAUGCAUGACCACUGCGCGGCCUUGUUAAACGAUCUAGACUCGGUGGUGGCCGAGUUUACCGUAUUGAUUGGGCACAGCAAGCGCAGGCGCAUGUCGGCCCCGCUGUCGGCCGCCGGAUCCAGACUGAGCGUAGAGACCACCUCGUCCGAGGAGUUCUUCGACGCCGAGGUCGGAGAGACAGGCUCGCAGAUUGUGAGGAUUAAUCGGGGUGGGGACGACGACGACGACGACGACGACGACGGCGACGACGACGAGACCCCCGAGUCCGACGAUGUCGACGAGGUGGACGUGCACGACUCGUCUUCGGUAUCCUCUGCCGAGGAGGACGAGAUGUCUGGCCAGGGAGAAGACACCUACUACCCGAUCAGACCCAGAUCCCUGGCACCUUUACCCGUGGACAUCUCCGUCGACAGGCGUGCGACAAUUCCUCCGGCAAUGGUUCAGCCCCCCAGUCUCAUCGCCUUCGUACGGAAGAACGUCGGCAAGGAUCUCAGCACCAUCAGCAUGCCCGUGUCGGCCAACGAACCCUUGUCCCUGCUCCAGCGGUCCGCCGAACAGCUCGAAUAUGCCCAACUCCUGGACCAGGCCGCCCAGCAAAAGACGGCCAGGGACCGUCUGCUGUACGUCGCCGCCUUCGCCGUCUCUCACUUCAGCAACGGGCGCGCCAAGGAGCGCGCCAUCCGCAAGCCGUUCAACCCGUUGCUGGGCGAGACGUACGAGAUGCUCCGCACCGAGCAGGAGGUCCCCGGCGGCUUCCGCCUGCUCGUGGAGAAGGUCAGCCACCGACCGGUCCAGCUGGCCAUGCAGGCCGACGCGGCGAGCUGGUCCCUCAGCCAGUCGCCGGCGCCGUCGCAGAAGUUCUGGGGCAAGAGCGCCGAGAUCACCACGGACGGCCGCGUCCGGGUGGUGCUGCGGGUGGCGGACGGCGGCGGCGGCGGCGGCGGCGGCGGCACCGACGAGCUGUACUCGUGGACGCACGCGACCAUGUUCCUGCGCAACGUGGUCAUGGGCGAGAAGUACGUGGAGCCCGUGGGCACGAUGCACGUCAGCAACGACACGACGGGGGACAGGGCGUGCGUCGAGUUCCGCAGCAAGGGCAUGUUCGGCGGGCGCGGCGAGGACGUGCAGGUGGACGUGCUCGGGCCGGACGGCGAGGCCACGGGCAGCGGGCUGACGGGGACGUGGACGGCCGGCCUGCGCAGGAGCGAGAACGGCAAGGCGGUCGGGGACGCGCUCUGGCAGGUGGGCGGGCUGGUGGACAACGCGGCCAACACGUACGGGCUGACGCGGUUCGCGGCGGCGAUGAACGAGGUGACGGCGAUUGAGGAGGGACGGCUGCCGCCCACGGACACGCGGCUGCGGCCCGACCAGCGGUUGGCGGAGCAGGGCGACCUGGACGGCGCCGAGGAGUGGAAGGUGAAGCUGGAGGAGGGGCAGCGGGCGCGGCGAAGGGAGCUGGAGGAGAAGGGCGCGGAGCAUCGGCCGCGGUGGUUCGUCAAGGUGGCGAACGGGCCGGAGGGCGAGGAGGUGUGGAAGAUUCGAACGGGCAAGGACUCGUAUUGGGAGGAACGUUCCAAGGGGGCAUGGAGCGGUGUGACGGAUAUAUUUACUGUCUAGGCGGGGGCGUGCGCUUCACGUUCCUCGCAACCUAGAAGGGUUGUUUCUCUUCAUUUCUUUUUGUUCCAAAGGCUUACCAGGGCAGAGAAGAGGGUGGGCUGAGGCGAGUCAAACAGGCAGCAGGCGGGCAGCUCAUGUCAUUUUCCUUUUGGACCGGGAUAAAUCCAAGAGCACAGAUAGACGAGGCGAAAAAUAUUAUCAUCUUCCGUCAUAGUUCUAACGAUAUAGCGAUGUAGGCAGAUAGAGGAAUCCAACAUGCAGGGAGGCCGGGUGAUAGGAUACCCCAGGCCGCAUGUUAGGUCCGUC